AUGGCGUGCAGAGCUGUAGCAGCUCUGCUGACGCUUGCUGCUGUUCUCAUCGGCUUCCUCACGCCGGUGACUCCCGCGAAGACAGCUCACGGCUUCCGCGCCACCCUCGCUCGCGUCCACCAGCAUCCCGGCAACUACUCCGCCGCGGCACGUCGCGACGCGCGCCGCCUCGCGCUCCUCUCGUACCGGGCCCCCGCGGAAGGCGCGGCCACGAGCACGAGCACGAGCACGAGCACGAUCUCCGCCUCUUCCCACCAUGGUCUCCUCUAUAACUGA